AUGGUGAUGACGGUGCAGCGCCUUCCCCUCCCACCCGCCCUUCCUCAGCCCGGCCGCGGUAAACCCAGCCGCCGGAAUAUGCCGCCGGCGGUUUGCCGCUACUGGAAGGCCGGCAACUGCAACCGGCACACCUGCCCAUUCCUCCACACCGACGUGCCUGAUCACCCGGCGCCGCCGACCGUCGUCAACAAGCGCAACAACACAUGGGUUAACCCGUCGCGCGUCGCGAAUUCCGAUGACAAGGGUAGGGUUCGCCCGGUUCAGCCGAAGAAGCGGCAGGCUGAGGAGCCGCCUGAGUCGCCUGCCAAGCGCCGCUGCGGCGUCCAGGGACCGGCCGGCGGCGCGUGGUGCGUCGGCGAUGGGUUCUGCGGCGUCCAGCGGCUGAAGGGCCACGCCAAGGAGGUCACCGGCGUCGCGCUGCCGGAAGGUUCGGACAAGCUGUUCUCCGGCAGCCUGGACGGCACGGUGCGCGCCUGGGACUGCAACACCGGGGAGUGCGUCCACGUCGCGGAGAUGCAAGAAGGGGAGGUUCGCAAGCUGAUCGCCAUGGGCCCGUGGGUCCUCGUCGGCGUGCGCGGCUUCGUCAGGGCGGUCCACCAGGGAACCGGCAAGGAGCUGCGGCUGCGUGGGCCCACGUCGCCGGUCACCGCCAUGCUAGCCGAGGACGACAUGCACCUCUUCGCCGGCGCGGAGGACGGCGCCGUUUACAUGUGGAGGAUGAACCAAGAACAGCAAUCCUUCGACGAGGUCGCUGCGCUCACCGGCCACGACAAGGCCGUCGUGUCGCUCGCGCAGGGAAAGGGCGCGCUCUACUCCGGCUCCGCAGACGGCAGCAUCCGGGUCUGGGACCUCGAGACCCACCGGUGCAUCUACAGCUUCGCCGGCCACUCGUCGGCGGUCACCGCAUUGCUCUGCUGGGAGCGGUUCCUCCUCUCCUCCUCCGACGAUGGCACCGUGAAGGUCUGGCAGUCGAGGCCUGACCACGACGGCCUCGACCUCGAGGUGCACUACACCCACGAGGAGGACGAACGGGUCGUUUCCAUCGACGGAACGUACGACGCCGACGAGAAGCCCGUGCUGCUGGUGUCGCGCGGCGACGGCGUUGUACGUGUCUACGAUCUCCCGUCGAUGAAGAAGAGAGGUGAUAUCCACUGCGACGGCGAGGUUAGGACGAUGUCCGUCAGGUCGCACGGCGUCGUGUUCACCGGAGAUGCUUCCGGCGAGGUCAGAGUGGUGAAGUGGACACCACUGGGUGCCGCAGCUGCUCAAGCCUGAACCAGUUUAGCGCACCUUGCAUGCAUGUAAUUGUUGUUUUGAUUUAAGAGAACCAUCAGGCACUUUUGCUUGUGUUCUGUAAUCCAAUGUGUGGAUAACAUCGUAAGACA